CAACCUGGAAAAUGGUCCUUCCAAUCUUUCUGUCCUGUCUGCAGCAUCUCUUCACACAUAAAACAUUUUUUUUUAAAAAAAGGAUCGUAUAAAGGAAAUUGGUAGCUAUAAAAAUUGAAACUCAAUCUUCUUUUUCCAUUUUUCGUUUUCGUUGCGAACAAAAACAUAAACAGUAGCUAUGGCGCCAUCUGGGUCAAGCAACAAUGCCAUGGCUCCUCGUGUUCUUCAUUUUGAUCUAAUUGAAGGAAUGCAAUUUGCGAUUAUUAUAUCCGGAUCAUUGGAGAAUCGCAACGUGCGAAUUGAAUUUCAACUCAAAAAUUGUACAGGGACUUGGAUCCUUCACUGGGGUUUUGUCUUCAAUGGGAAUAAGAAUUGGUUCAUUCCAGCUGGUAAUUCUUCUGGAGCAAAAUCUUACAAACAGGGUGCAUUGCAGUCACAAUUUACAAAGAAUGGACAGAUAUACAUGCUUAUAAUUGAGUUGCGGGACCCUAGCAUACAUGCCAUUGAGUUUGUUCUGAAAGAUGGAAAUCACGAUAGAUGGUUGAAAUUGAACCACAGCAAUUUUCGAAUAGAGAUACCUGCAAGUGAUGCUCCUGGAAUAUCUCAUUCUGAUUCUAGAAUACCAAAAAAUCUGAUAGAACAGAAGGCUUAUUCACGGUGGGAGGGAAGGCCUAUAAGUUUGCCCCAGCAACAGAAGCAAAAUUAUGAUAUUGCAUUGAGAGAGCUCCCAAAUCACUUAUCAAAAGGAAUAACCUUGACCGAGUCACGGAAUAGCUAUCUAACUGGAGGAAUAAAACCUGUGAAUGAUAACAGAGAUAAACUCAGAAGUGGUAUCCAAUAUUCCUACCUUAAUAUUGAAGACUGGUUGCAAAAGCAUUCUGAAGGGCAUGCCAAAGGCACCAUAUCAACAGCAGCUCUUAUAGAGAAUUUUAUAGGGGGAACAGAUGUAUUGUCAAAGCAAAUAUAUCAUGUUCAUAACUAUGAGAUUAUGGUAUUUUCAAAAACCAUUAAUGGCAACAACCACAUUUUCAUUGCUGCAAACACAAAAGGUACUACGGUGCUUCACUGGGGUGUAUGCAAGUCCUCUCCAAGUGAGUGGUUGGUGCCACCACAAGAGAUAUGGCCAGAAAACUCAAAACUGGUUUCUGGAGCAUGUCAAAGCUAUUUUAGAGAUAACUUUGCAGGGAAUAGAUCCUUUCAGAUUGUAGAUGUCAAUUUGCAGAAAAGGAAUUUUGCUGGUAUUCAAUUUGUCAUCUGGACAGGUGGAUAUUGGAUUAAACACAAUGGGGAAAACUUCUUCGCGGAGCUCAAACCAAUCAAUCCAACUGAAAAGGUUCAAUAUUGCCACGGAGCUGAUAGAUCGUUGCAAAACAGAAGUGGAACUAGGGCUGAUUGGAAUAUUAGUUUGGAUGAGGUUCAUGGCUUGCAGGCAUCUCACAUGGAAUAAGAAUUUUAAUGUAAAACCUUGUGAAAUCAGCGAAGCUCAAGACAGAUUUACUAAUUUUCUGCAAACAAUAUACUUGAACUAGCCAAGCAAUAGGGAGAUGCUAGUAAGAGAAUCCGUGAUGAAAUUCUUCUUGUAACAUUUCAUUUUUCGUAAAUAAAAUAAAAAGGUUUUU